ACAUUUUUGAGAGAAAAUCCUAGUUUGUACAAUAAGAUAUUUUUGAUAUUUGAUAUUUGAUAUUUUUUUCCUUUUAGCUUCAUGAGUUUCCGCGUGAGAUCAGCUGAUUCUGUUCUACUCGUCUAAAUUACCGCAUGCUGAAUCGUUGCAAUUCUUAUUCUGCUGGGUUUAUGUGCUGGUGCAUCUCGAUUUCCUUUUAUAUGAUUUUUAGUGCUUUGCGCAACGACGUGUGUUAUAGUUCGUGAGGUGAAUUUGUCGUCGCCGGAUUUUUGAUGAGACGCCGCUCGGCGGCUGAGGUUCCGUUGGUUGAUCUGAUGGAGAAAGGGCAUGGCAGAAUGCAUUAUUCGCGGCUUUGUUUGUUAGCCGCAAUAUCAGCAUUCUUUUGGUUAUGCCUCUUGUGCUUUCAUUUUAUGGUGAUUGGUAAUGGUAGUAUUGCUGAUAGCUCUCCUCGAUUAGAGCACGUUUCCAUUAAUGCUAAAUCGGUUAACACUCUGCCUGUUGAUACGUAUCCCUCCCCAGUUAGUCGUUCUAUGGGCAUUUCGAAUGAUCGAGCUGGGGAUAAGGAGAAGUCUAACAAUGUUAUUCAUAGGCCUCAAGAGGAGAGGCCGACCUACUCUUUUGUGAGGGCGUUGAGGACAGUAGAGAAUAAGAGCGAUCCGUGUGGAGGGAGGUAUAUUUAUGUUCAUAAUCUUCCUCCAAGGUUCAAUGAGGAUAUGCUUAAGGAGUGUAGGAGCCUUAGUCUGUGGACCAACAUGUGUAAGUUCACCACGAAUGCUGGUCUAGGUCCUCCACUGGAGAAUGUUGAGGGGGUUUUCUCGAAUACUGGGUGGUACGCGACUAAUCAGUUUGCUGUGGAUGUGAUAUUCAGUAAUCGGAUGAAGCAGUAUGAGUGCUUGACGAAUGACUCUUCACUUGCUGCUGCUAUUUUUGUGCCCUUCUACGCUGGGUUUGAUAUUGCUAGGUAUCUAUGGGGGCACAACAUAUCAACUAGGGAUGCUGCGUCUCUUGAUUUGGUUGAUUGGCUUGCAAAAACGCCUGAAUGGAGUAUUAUGGGAGGAAAGGAUCACUUUCUCGUGGCUGGCAGGAUAACGUGGGAUUUCAGGCGACUAUCUGACCAAGAGUCAGACUGGGGUAACAAGCUUUUGUUCUUGCCAUCGUCCAAAAACAUGUCUAUGCUUGUUGUGGAAUCAAGUCCAUGGAAUGCAAAUGAUUUUGGAAUUCCAUAUCCAACCUACUUCCAUCCCGCUAAGGAUGCUGAUGUGAUCAUUUGGCAGGAUAGGAUGAGGAAACUUGAGAGGAAGUAUCUGUUUUGUUUCGCUGGAGCACCCCGUCCAGGGAAUGCCAAAUCAAUCCGAGGACAGAUCAUUGAUCAAUGCAAGAAUUCGGCAGUGUGCAAAUUGUUGGAGUGCGAUUUUGGGGAAAGUAAGUGUCAUUCUCCGAGUAGCAUUAUGCAGAUGUUUCAGAGCUCACUUUUCUGUAUGCAACCUCAAGGCGAUUCAUACACAAGAAGAUCAGCGUUCGACUCCAUGCUUGCUGGUUGCAUACCCGUGUUUUCCCAUCCAGGGUCUGCCUACAUUCAGUACACCUGGCAUUUACCAAAGAAUUAUUCGGUAUAUUCUGUGUUCCUUCCAGAGGAUGACAUUCGUAAGAAUGUCAGCAUAGAGCAAAGGCUAAGUCAAAUUUCUGCAGAGAGAGUGAAGGAAAUGAGAGAGGCAGUUAUAAAUCUCAUCCCACAACUGAUAUAUGCUGACCCUCGCUCGAAGCUGGAGACGUUUAGAGAUGCCUUUGACGUGGCUGUUAGCGCAGUCAUUGACAAGGUGACAAAGCUGAGGAAGGACACAAUUGAGGGGCGUAGAGAUGAUGAUUUCAUAGAGGAGAUUAGCUGGAAAUAUGAUUUACUGGGUGAAGAUCGAGCUGCAGGGCCUCAUGAAUGGGAUCCAUAUUUUUCAAAGCCUAAAAAAGAUGGCUAGACCGAUCCCAAACAAUGAUGAGUUAUGGGAUAUACUAUAGAAUAUUUGAAUCUACAUUCAGGAUUUUUCAGCUUGUUGUGUUGAGCGUAGAGGUUCCUGGUGAGGUAUGUAUACUAAAGCUUUCUAGAUCAACAGUUAUACAAUUAAUUUGAUUAUCUUAUGCGAUCAUAUAAAUCUGCUUAUAA